AUUUUAUUUUCAUAACUCAUGAUGAUCGACACAAAAAAAGAUAUAUAAACCAACAAUGAAAUUCAUUUUCGUCAAAUUAGACUCCGUCAAUUCAAAUUCCCGCUCCUCAUCUUCUUUCUUUUCCAAUCACUUCAUUCGACAUGCUCACCAAUAUGACUGCAUCUACUGCAGCCAUUGAUCCACGUAUGGCGUGGUGCGAUGAGACAUAUUUGAACACGCCCAUGCUUGUGCCAUCAAACGAAGAAAGCAUCCAUUCAAGAAUCGCCUCUGGUCAAGAUCAAUAUGCAAGCGAAUUUUAUAGCCCUUUUUCUUCUACCAAUCAAACUCAGUCAACCCCAAAGACAAAUGAACGUUUACCAUAUCCGAUGCCCUUUGAUUGGACACCGGAAGGAAAAAAUCUCAAUUCUCCUCCUUCAUGGGUGGCAAAUCAAUCUACACCAACUCGCUCGUCAAGCAAACCUCGUCAGCCGCUUUCUUUACUUUGUGAUGAUGGGAUCAGUAAUGCAUUCCCAUCCAACAGCCCUCACUCAGCGUUUGACUAUCAUCCCACCUCCAUGUCAAUGAUUUCUCCGACCGGUGCUCCUCCAAAUAUCACCGCAUGUACGCCCCGCCGAGCGAGUGGACCGGCUACUUUUGGUACAAUGAAUGCUUUACAGCCACAAACUCAAAAUGUCUCCCCAAAAACGCAUGAAGACCUUCAGAAUUCAAUCAAAUCUAUUGAAUCAUGUCGGAUGCCACCACCACCAGUACCAAAACACGCUUUACGAAAGUCAAGUCUGCCAACAAAAACGCAGCAUAGAUUGUCCGAAGAAUUAUACGCAAAACUUGCUGAGCAUCAGAGUACUCAGCUUCUCCCAAUCUUUGAUGGACGCAAUUGUAGCCAACCACAAGUCACCACAUUACCACCGCAAUAUCGUGCUUUGUACAAUGCCAGCAUUGUUGGUCCAACGCAGUAUGCCCGUGAGGUAUCAAAUCCCAAGAAGGUCAAUCGAUCGUCACUGUCACAAAGAGUUCUUCUACGGGCCAUUUUCAACAAGAAAAUUGUAAAGAAUAUCGCCGCUCAUCUCAAUGAGACGGACGCAUUGUCAUUUUCCCUUUCCUCACCAUCGAUCUAUCAUCGUUUGGAUGAUGACUGGUGGAAAAUGGCCUUCCCCGUUAAUAAUGAGGAGCAGAGCAAGAAGUCUGCAUGGGUGUAUUUGUGGCCCAACUGCCAUGGGUGGUGUUCAUUCUGCACGAAGUGGAAGCGCAUUGUCAUGCACGAACCGAGCAAAGCACACGUUUGCUUUGAAUGUAUGCAGAUGCCACACUUCAAAGUCAUCAGUUUCUCAGCGGCACGAGCACGUUUUCAAGUCGGUAAUCCGGUCGCAAUUCAUUUCCUCUCUCAAUUGCCGUCAGUGCAAGAUGGUAAAGCUCGAUACUUUUGGAUCUGUCAUCUGCAAUGGGUGGAAGCACAAUGUCGCAUCAUGGAUGUAGCUCUCCAAUUGAUCAAAAACAAGCCAAUCAUGUGCAGAUCAAACAAAGAGCGAAACAACGUCAAAGCAAACGAUGGAAGUGCUUCAAAAGGUGCGCAAAAACGAAAAGUUUCUGUAACAAAGCAGAAACCGAUCAAAAAAAUUCAUCUGGAUGAAUCUUUUGAGGAAGUACCGAGUGGCAAAUCCGACGUUUCCACCGAGUCAAGAGAGGAUAUCGAUACAAUGUAUUGCGAUGAUUCUUCCGAUUUGACGUCAUUUGAUGGCCUUGAUGAUGCAGAUGCGGAGGGUGAUACGGAUGAUGAGUAUGUUCCUGAAUCAAGAGCGGAAAGAAAAGCGUAUAACUUCAAAGCAAAGUUCAAGACCAAGUCCCCGGCAAAGGCUGUCAUCGAAAGACGCACCCGCUCUCGCACAUUCACGGGCACCUUUGCAAAGCAAGAACGUGGAAGCAGUGCUGGUGUUCGAAGUCGUCGAGCGAAAUCAUCACCCGCUCCUAGUGACAUGGCUCAGAGCAAAGAUGGUGAUGAUGAGCUGCAAGAAGAACAGGAUGAAAGUGUGUACAUUUGCACUUCCAAUGAGCGUUCAAUGUCUAUCGUCCGUGAAGUACGAAAAGAAUACAUCAUAAAGGAGCUUGAAGCAAUGAAGGGUAGCUCAGAAAUGCCAUUUGACAUUCCCGACAUGUUUGUUCAAGGUCAAUGGGAUGCAAUGGAAAAGCUUGGAAUUCAACACAAUGAUUGGAACGCCAUGGCACAAUGGAUACUCCGCAAAAAUGAACUUUCCGGGGGCAUUUGUGAGGAGCGCCUGGAUUAAAUUUCAUACAAUACGAAAAAAAUGUAAUAAUGUACAGAUGUAAAUAGAAUG